CGAAAACCGAUACCGUUACACCAAAAGGGCAACCGAGCCAGCAAGCUGAGUGUAAACAAGCAAUUGGAACAACAAAACAGUCAGCUGACGUCCCGUGUACCCAGGUAUUGCCAAUUAUUCGGAGCUGGAGGAGGCUCAUUCCAUUCCUCAGCCAAAAAGUGACAUCUUGGCAAACAGCCACUUCCCAUUCCUCCUUAGUCUACACUGUAAUUGGAGCAUUUUCUCAGUGAAUUAGGUCUCAAUGCCAAUUGAUCGGCCGUAUUCACUGUGCCGUAUUCUUUUGCUGUUGCCUUGUUUCUGGUGAAUUGGAUGGGGUAAGGCGGGGUAUAUAGGAGGGGAGUGGUACUUCACAGUUUAAUUACGAUCUACCUACCUAUCUACUUAUUUACUUGCCUACCCCCUACACAAAAACACAUCAGAAGCCUUCCAAAAACUCAUAUUCAAGAUGCAGUUUACUUCUCUCAUCCUCUCUGUUCUUUUUGUUGCCAGCAGCGCCGUCAUCGCUGCUCCUUCAAGCGGUUAGUAUCUUAUUCUUUCCCUUCCCAACCGAAAAGUGACCACAGAACUGACAAUAAAAUAGCUGCGGCUGCAUUGUUCACCCGAGGAUCUUGCAAAAGCCCAUCUUGCACUUCAAAAUGUACGUUUCAAUCUCACCCGCCCCAAUAACCAAAUACUAACAUACCACAGGUCCUGAUGGAACGUACGUGCUCUUGUUCCUUGUCCCCUCUUCCACCUUUCACUAUACGUACAGAAAUUUAACACCCAUAUUCAGACCUUACGACUGCUGCGUAGACUAUAUCCGCGACCCCUGCAGUGACCACCAAGCAUGCGAGGAAAUCGAUUGUCUCUGCAAAUGCGAAGGUAGCGCGUAAGUACACUUUCCCUACCACCUUCACUCCUCCCCAACACCCUACAAACCAGAACAGAAAUCUAAUCUUAAACUAAACAUAGUACAACGUACUUAUGUAACGCCAACUAUUUUGUCGAUCCUUGCAAGCCUCUAAACGGUAAGCGCGUCGAUGCCUAAGAAGACACUCUGAAUAUCAUGGAAGGCUGAGGAUAUAAAGCAUGUCUAUUUAAGAAGUCGGGUGUUACAGACUGAAAAUAGAUGGUUCUUUGGGGUACGGCGAACAGUUCUUCAUGGGAGAUUUGCCAUUUGAGGGCGUUUGGCUGAAGCUAUUUCAUUGGGAGGGUUGAGAACAGGGAAUGAAUGGAUUUUGACAAUUCAUCCAUAUUAAGCACUGUACCAUCGCAUCCUGCUUCUCAUUUCUGAUCAUUUCUGUAGAGCGGAAGUCUUAUAAGUAUGACAGGUGACGGUAAC